AAGACAAUACAAAGCCAAUUUCUUUUUCCACCUCUUUCUUCUUGAAUAUUCGCCUAUAGACAUCAAAAAAAUAUGUCGGCUGCUUUCGUCGCAAAAAAAAACGCGCAGCAUGGCACCACAAGAGGGAACUACGAACCAGAGGAUUCCAAACCCUGGUCACUGAUCCACGAGGAGCGGACGAUAGUGUGGUUGCGAGGAUCUAAGAUCCAGCAGAUGGGCCAGCACAAAACGUGCGUCCGUCUCUCACCAUUUGACCUCAUGUCACAAGGUCGUGCCGUUCCGCUUUGCUAUUUCUUUUUAUGAAUGGCCGAUGACCGAUUAAGAAGUAGAUGAAGAUUUGCACUCUUGUUUGAAGAAAAAAGUGCAGGUGUACGCUUCUCUCACUCUUGAUGUGAAGAGUGUAAAUCUUUUUGAAAUCGAAAAUUUUGAAUGGUCAUUUGGAUACUGCGAGGCUGCAUGUGGCAAUACGCAACGUUUUGGAAGCCCACAAUGCAUAUCACAUUCUCUGCGGACGUUACGAUACCACCAAAUGGGGUAAAGUUCGACUAACCAAUGAGGGAGUGCCGGUUCACGUGGCUUAUCUUCGGAAGACGGAAAAUAAUGAUGAGUCUGUUGGCGAAUCAGUCGGUGGUAAACCGACUUAUCAACAUCCUGCGGUAGGGCACAUAUUAAGCGGCGACGGAGAUGCAGGUAAGUAGUCUAAAUUAUCAUGCUUCUCGUUCUCACAUCGGCUAGUACUGUUCAAGCAGUCAUCGAUUGAGAUUGCUCCGAGUAGAGGGUGCUGAGGACGGCCUUCUGAUCAUUGGCAACAUAAUACAUUGCAGGUACAGAAGCGAAGUUUUUCGACACUUGGACACACGAAAGCUUCGUGCCCGAUAAGAACGGCAUCGAUCCUGAUCCUGGUUCACCGACCACUCCUUUGCUAGCUGUGAAGUUGACGCUGUUAUUUGACAAAAAAGUAGGGACGACUGAAAAAGCUGGCAACCAGACAGCUGCCCUGCCGGAUACCAAAGGGCUUUCUUGUUGCGGCUCUGUUCUGGGUUUGCUAGUACAGCAUAGCAUUCUCGAUGCAGAUGCGAUGUUCACAUUGGUGCGCCGUUGGGCUGCGGAGUAUACUAGACUUGGACGAGUGGGAGAAAAAGGGGAAGAUGUAGAGGACUCUACAGCGAUCGAAGGAUCAGGAGAGGCAAACGACCUGGCAGAGCAGGACCACGGUCACGAUGAUGAAGACUACUCUCGCUGGCUACCCGCCUGGUCAUCAAAAGACCUAGAUGGAGCAAGUACAUCAAAAACAACGUCCGAUAGCAGCUGCCAUCUUCCAAAACAUCCGUUUAAAGUCCGUGCGAUUCCACCAGGUGUGCCACCGAUACCAGAGUUUGCCCCAGUACUGCAGAAGAUCCACGGAACUACAGUUUGUGUGGUGCCUUGCAGCGCAGCCUUCCUUCGGAAUCUGAAGCAACGAUUGUGCGCGCAGUUGGAGACCACACAACUACAAGCUGUUGCAGCAUCGUCAUGCGUAAUAUCCGAGAUGAAACCGCCGCACUUCAUUUCCACUGACGACGCACUGACCGCGUUGAUAUGGCGGUCUAUGGUUAGGAUGCGUUGGAGGCAACUCACUUCCGAAGAUGGUGCUCAUCCUUUCUCAGCAGACGAGGCAGACUUCGGGAACACUACGUGUUCCAGAGCAAGCAAUUUUCGAAAUCGGACCACCUUCGGUCCAAAUUACGUCGGGAACGGUGUAUGUUCCGUCUUCACAGAACGUCCUAUUGCGGAAUUUUUGGAAAACUCGCAGAGUACAGGAGAGAACUCUACUUCGUCUAGUUUCCUCUGUUCUCUCGCUCUUUCUCUCCGACAGGACCUAGAACUGCAACACAGUGCGGAUGAGGUGGAUCGAAGGGGGAAAUGGCUUUAUCGAGAACAAAUGAACGACUCUGCGACUAAGCUGGUUUGGGACGAUCGAGGGAUGACGUUCAUAAUAUCGUCAUGGAAUUUCGAUUGGGAAGGCGCUAGAUUUUAUGGCGUUCUUAAACUCUAAAUCUAAUCAGAAGGACACUUUCUAGUACUUAUAACUAUUUCAAUGAUCUUCAGGAUCCGGAGUGGUGAAAAAGCUUUCUCAGAAAGUCUGAAUCCAUCAUCUUCUCUCCAACUCUAAUACUCUGGAGACGCCUUUUCCGGUGACGCUGGGACGCCUAUUCUUUUCGAUCACGGUGCCAACGUUCCAGUCGUGAGUGUUUUCGUCCCUCGCCCGAAAGGAGAUGGCUUUAAUGUCUACUGUACUGGCCCACGACCAGCUAUGGAACAAUUUGCUUUGGAAAUGAGGCCUGAUGUUAUCUUGGGGCAGUAGGAAGGUUGAGGUUUCUUUCUGCUGAUCUUGAAUGCCAAUACUCUUCAGUACGACGCAAACAGUUGUUCUUCACUGGGUGGUCUCCUACUCUUUGUUCUGUGGGAUCUUUAUCACGCAAGAUGAAAACCCAUACAACUAGCUCUAGUCAUGAAGCCGUGACCGUGUUCUUCCUCAAUUCGAAUCUUGUGUGGUCCUUGGAC